AUGUUCCUGUCACUGCUGGGAGCCUGUGCUGUGGUGGGGCCAUUCCAUGGCUCAGAGUGGGAACCAGUGCGGGGCCUAUUUUCUCAGGAUCACAGCUGCAAGGACCCUCGGUGCUAUGGCAACUUGCUUGUUCUCUGCCUCUUUCUGAUCUGGCAAGUGCGGCACUAUUGGCACCAUGUCACCAGGACCUGCCCCAGCAGGAGGAAUGUCACCAAGAUGCCACUGCAGAAGUGGGCAGUGUCCUCCAUGAGACAAGAAACUUUCUUCAGGCCAACUUCUGGCAAAUUCAGGGGCCUGGAUGCUCCUGUCCAAAACUGGGCACAAAAAGAGAGAUGGGGAUACCGGAUGAAUCUCCAGGAGUCCUGGGCCCAGUACCUGCUCUCUCCACAGCACCAGUGUCAGGGCCCACGUUGCAGUGCCCGCACCCAUUCUGAGCCCACCCUUUGUACCACUUCUUUUUCAAAUACCUGUCUGCUUCCUCAGGGCAGUUCGUGGAAAGCAUGGCAGGUACCCUGGUGUCUCAGUGAUGGUCAUACUCACCCUGUCUUGGACAUGUCCCACAAGGUGGAGCAGCUGGUGGUUCACUCCCAGAAAAACUUGAUGGAAUUGGAGCCUGUCAUCAGCAUGAGGUCCGGCCCCACCUCUCUGACCUUAACCACCUCUCUUCCAAACCUCCCUUCAGCUCAGAGGCUACAGUUUCCCAGAAAGUUCUUGCCUGAUCCUUCCAAUCAACUAUUGGGAAUGCACAUCUGGAAAUCCUGGAACUGCCCACAAGAGGCUUGGGCAUCUUGGGGUGAAAACCAGACAGGAAGCCGAAAGUAUAGUAGUGAGCUCCAGACUCCAGAGUGGAUGAGCCAGAGAAAUAGCAGAGGGGAAAAUGCUUGGGAAAUCCAGGCAUCUAGAGGGCAACUUCCCAUAGACUUUGGCAUGGAUGCAGAGACUAAAGUCUUGGGGUAUAAAAACCACAGACUAGUAAUAAGUAAAACUGACGGAGAGAUCUCAACUGCAGGGUGGGAGAAGCAGGACCAGAUAGGAAUUGAGAAUAGAGCCAAAAUUCAGGACCUAGGGAAGAGAAAUCCAAGGGAAGCUGGAGGUAAGAAUCCUCCUGAAAUCCAGGCACAUAUGGGAGAGAACCAAGAAUAUUUAAGUUGUAAAAUUGAUGCAGAGACCCAAACACCAGAGUGGGGGAACCAGGACAAGAAUGGAGGUGAAGAUGCUUUAGAGAGUAAGAACAAGAAAGAGGUCAGAGGGGAGGGUGAGGGAGAGAUCCAUGCCCAAGGAUUGGGUAAGAAGGACCAGAUCAGAGGUAAGAAUGGUGAGGAGACCCAGAUGCCAGAGUGGGGGAAGCAAGACCAGACCGGAGGUGAUACUGGUGCAGGAAUUCAAAUAGAAGAGGGAAGAGACAAGGACCAGGUUGGAGAUGAGGAUGCUGUGCAAAUCCUGUUGUUUGGUAAAGAUAAUCUGGGAGAAGUAAAAAAAGAGGAUGUUAUGGAGACCCAGACUCUGGAGUGGGGGAAACAUGAAUACAUUGGAAAUGAGAAGGUUACAGAGAUCCAGGCACCAGGGCGGGAGAAGCAGGAUCAGGAUGGAAGUAAGGAAACUGGGAAGACCAAAGCAUCUAGGGGAGAGAACCAGAAAUUAUUAAAACAUGAAAUCCAAUUGGAGUGGGAAAACCAAGGUCUAGGAAGAGAGAAGAAUGUUGAGGAAACCCAGAUUUUGAGCAGGAAGAAGCUAAAGGAGAUAAGAGAGGAGGAUUGGGUGGUGAUCCAGGCACCAUGGUGGGGAAACCAGACACUGAUAGCAAGUGCAAUAGAUGGAGAAUUUGAGAUACCAUGUUGGGGGAAUCAGAACCAGAUUGGAGAUGAGUAUAGAGCAGAAAAUCAGUCACUAGAGAAGAAGGAUCAGAGAAAGGAUGGAGAUGAGGAUCAUACAAAUGCCUUGCCACACGAGGCCAAGAACCAGGAACAAUUAAGUAAAUCUGAUGUGGAAACCCAUCCAGCAGGGAUGAAGAACAAGGAGCAAUUUGGAGAUGAGAAUGAUAGUGACAUUCAGGCAUUAGGGCAGAGAAAUCUGAGGGGAGUUAAAGGUGAUUGUGCUAAAGAGACCCAGGAACUAGGGGAAGAAAAUCGGGGUCAAUUAGGAAAUGAAAUUAAUGGAAAGAUCCAUAUACCAAAGUGGAAGAAUCAGGAACAUAUUAAGGGCAAGGAUGGUGCAAAUACCCAGGCAUCUGAGGCAGAGAACUGGGAUGAAUUAACAAGUAAAACUGAUGGAGAAACCCAUUCAGCAGGGUGGAAGAAAGAGGAGCAGAUUGGAGGUAAAAAUGGUGCAGAAAUUCAAAUACAAGGGAAGAGAAACUUGAGUGAAGUUGGAGGUAAGGAUGGUACAGAGAUCUGGACACCUGGGAAAGAAAACCAGUUGCAGUUUAGAAGUGACAUUGAUAGAAAGAUCCUUUUAUCAGAGUGCAAGAACCAGGAGCAGAUAGGAGGUGAGAAUGGAACAGAAACUCAGGUGCCAGAGAAGAGAAACCAGAGAGAACCUGGAGGUGAGGAUGCUGUAAAGACUCAGAGCCCCAAGAGAGAGAACCAGGGACAGUUAGAUAGUGAAACUGGAGAGAGCCACUCACUAGGGACGAGGAACUGGGAGGAGAUGGAAGAGAAUAACAUUGCAGAAGAUCAGGCAUUUGAGAAGAGAAACCAGAGAGAGGUUGAAAGUGAGGAUGUCAGCAAGAUCCAGAGACUUCGUGAAAAGAAUGAGAGACUGUUAAAAAGUAAAGUUAAUAAAAAUACCUGUUCACUAGAGUGGAAGAAUCAGGAACAUAUUGGAGAUGGGAAUGAUGAAGAAAGUCAAAUACAAGGGAAGAGAAAUCUGAGAGGGACUGCAGAUGGUGAUGGUACAGAGAUCCACGCUCCUGGGAGAGAUGACCAGGGACAGUUAAGAAGUGAAACUGAUGGACAGAUCCAGGCACAAGGUCAAGGAAAUCAGAAAGAGAGAGGAGAUGAGGAUGCUGCUGAACUCCAGGAUGUUGGAAGCCAGAGAAAAUGCAGAGCUGAGGACACUGGAGAACCUCAAGCACCAAGGGGCAGAAGCAAGGACCAGGUGAGAGAAAAGGAUAUUGCAAGGGCCAAUCUCCAGGUUGACUCUUCUGGGAGUGAGGGGCCCACAGUUAGGAAGCACAGCCUAGCAGGGCCUCCAGCCUUCACUGGCUCUGGAUAUGGGGCCAUGGAACAGGAACAGGCAGUGGCUGCGAAUGGGUUAGCCCCUGCUCCCUGUCCUGAGAUGAAGCCUCUGGCCAGCCAGGGCACAGCUCCUGCUAGGCAACAUAGAGUAGGGGUCAGUUCCCCCUCCCAGCAGGGGAUUCAGGCCGGACUUGAAUCCUGGAGAAGACAACAAAGAAUCAAAAGGGUGGAUUCAGUCAAGGCUUCCAGCCCAACUCAGCAACCCUGGAGCCAUGUGUCCUCUGCCCGCCCCCCUCUCCUAUACAGCCAAGCCCCCCAAGCUAUGGUGGGAGCUCCCACUGCUCUCACUGUCCUACCCAAGUGGCCAAUGCUCAAGAGGAGCAAACGACUGCUUUUGGAAUCCCUUAUGAGGCGGAGGAUUGCACACUUGAAGUGGGGCCUUCCCCAGCGGAUUCUGGACUCCUAUUUGUUGUUUCACUUCUUAGGAUCUUGCUCAUUACCCCUUAUGAGGCUCCCUGGAUUAUACUUAGACCAGGAACUCCAAGGGCAUCAGGAAAGGCAUUGUGAGGCCCAUGGCUCCAUGCCAGGCCCUCAUUCCCCACAGAGGUUCCAGAGAGUUCAGCCCAUUGGCAGAAAAAGCUCAAAACUUUCUAUACAGGUCAGAGCUCUGGAGAAGUAUAGACCAGAAGGGUCAGAGCCAAGGUCCAUUUCCACACUGCCUGAAAAGCCCAGGAGAGUGAGGCCACGAGGGGGCGCCAGAGAACUGCAGGUGAUCCAGGAAGGGGUUCCUAGGGCCAAGCUGGCUCCCAGGAACCCCAGGCCUGCAGCAGAAUCAAGGAGCUGGUGUGAACAAGAAAGCAUCCAAGAAUCUUCCAGUGAGAACAGAAGGGGCAGGAAAAUGAUCAGGCCAUGUGUCUCCCAGAUGGCAGACAGGGCUCCUGGCAGACUGAGGACCUUAUCCUCCAGGACAGGCCAUGACCUAUGGAGGAAGGAAAGUACAUCCUGGGAGGCCUCUGAGCUUCCUGGACCCAAAUGUCAUCAGCCUACAUACUGGGGAAGAGGAAGCCUGGAGCUUGCAAAAGGCAGAGAAUCUGGGCAGCAACCUUCCUCUGAUUCCACAGAAACUGUCAGUUUGAAAGGGAGUCUCUACUCUGCUGCAGCAAAGCUGAGCAUGACUCUCCUGAAGAAGAUGUCCUGGUUCCCACAUCUAGCCAAGCCCCAGUACUCAGUCCCCAACUUGAGUCUGAGGGAUCCUACCCUGUUUCCCAAAUUGGGUGACCCACAUGUACAAGAGGACAACAUUGGAGACUGUACUUCUUUGGAGAAGGACCUUCAGCCAGCCGGUGAAGUGGCCUGUGAGCCUGUCUAUUGUGUUGGGGCCACUCUUCCCAACACUGAGAGUCCCCAGGGUCAGGUGGCACCUGGGAAUCCACAUGGGGUCCCAAAGAAUUUACCAGCCUCCAAAAAGAUUGGUUUUAUGAAGCAUUUGAGAGUUUCUGUUUUCCACUGUGGCUUUAAAAAAUAGGCCUUGGGACCAGAGUCCUCAGGACAUAUCAGAGCAAGCUUGAGAGUGGACUGUUCCCCCCAAAACUCUAAUAAAAUUGAUUAUUUGGGCCCUGUGGGAUUCUGAUA